CCAAUAACCCGUGUCAGGGGGGAAAAUGGCCAAUGUGGGCAGCUGGCUGGCUUGAUAACGAAUGUGUGGUAUUUAAAACAUAGAAGUUGUUACCACAUCUGGACCAACAGCCAAUGAAAUUUGGGCUCUGGGGUAUUGAGGAAAUCGUUGAUUUGAAGAAGAGAAGGCAUCGUGUAAGAGGAGGUUUCAUCGUUUUGGAGUGGAAGUUGCUAUGGGCAACUUCAGUGCCGUCUCUGAGUUCAUCCUUCUUGGGCUGUCUGCUGAUGCUGAGGUCCAAGCCGCGCUCUUUGUGAUUUUCCUUGUCAUCUAUGUCCUGACCCUGACGGGGAACUCCGUGAUUCUGCUAGCGAUAAUGGCUGACGCUCACCUCCGUUCCCCGAUGUACUUUUUUCUGGGUCACCUCUCCUUCGUGGACCUUUUGUAUUCGUCAGUCUCUGUGCCCAAGAUGCUAGAAAAUCUAGUGUCUGAGACAAAAACCAUCGCUGUGAAGGCCUGUCUGGCCCAGGCCUUCUUUGUGUAUGCCAUUGGAGGCACCGAGGCUUUGCUCCUUGCGGUCAUGGCCUACGACCGCUACGCAGCCAUUUGCCACCCUCUGCUCUAUGGCCAGAUGAUGAGCAGGCAGUUGUGUGAGGGGCUUGUGUGGGGAUCCUGGGGCCUGGCCAUACUGAGCUCACUCAUUAACACCCUCCUCGCUGUGAAGUUGGACUUCUGUGACUAUGGAGCCAUACACAACUACAACUGUGAGAUCCCUUCCCUCUUCCCUCUGUCUUGCUCCGACGUCUCCACUAACGCCACUGUCUUGCUCUGGUUGUUUGUUCUACAUGCCUCUGGAACCUUUCUUCUGGUUUUAUCUUCCUAUGGUUGCAUUUUCUCCGCUAUCCUGAAGAUGCGCUCCACCACGGGCAGAAGCAAGGCCUUCUCCACCUGCUCCUCCCACCUCACUAUAGUGAUCUUGUACUUCGGGUCAGCCUGCCUGCGCUAUACCAUGCCCACCUCGGGUUCUCCCGUGGAAAUAAUCUUCUCUUUGCAGUACAGCGUCAUCACCCCCAUGCUGAACCCCCUCAUCUACAGCCUGAAGAACAAGGAGGUCAUGGCAGCUGUGGGAAGAAUGCUUGGAAAAUGCUGCCAGCAUUUUGAGUAAGUCGAUCAGAGAGACACGGGGUGAAGAAAACACUUGAGAGACCCAAGGUCAAGCUAUGGAGAGAUUUAACAGGAAUGCCCCUAGAGUCAGAUGCUGUGUGGAAAUACUGGGGUUUUCCCAGAGUAAUGCCUCUUCCCGUGGCGGCCUUAA